AUGAAUGUGAUGUUUGCUCCAUUACAUACUCCAAAGCACUUGCAGGGCAUUGGGACUGAAUCUAAAGCAUUGUUCAAGCAUAAUACAGGAGCUUCCAAUGUCUUGAGACCAGAAUGGAAGAUAAUAACUAUUAAUAAUCUCAUAGGCAUUAAAGUCAUCCUACCAGAUGUGAAAAUAAUUGAAGGUCCAAUCAUCAGAGAGCAAUCACUAAAGAGAGAGCAUCCAAACCUGAAUGAAGACGUUGUUUUAAUAAGAGCAUUACGAGAUUCGAAUCUCCCAAAAUUUCUUGCAGAUGAUGCUCUUUUGUUCAGUGGAAUUAUAUCUGACCUUUUCCCUGGAGUCAUAAUCCCAGAACAUAAUUACGGAGUGCUGCAGUCAACAAUAGUAGAUACCAUCCUUUCCAAAGGAUUGCAGACCGAAGAUUGUAUGAUCUGUAAAGUGAUUCAGCUGUAUGAAACUAUGCUGGUAAGGCAUGGGGUCAUGCUUGUUGGACCAACAGGAGGUGGAAAAACGACAGUUUACCAAAUUUUAGCAGAUACACUUGGAACUUUACAUAAAGCAGGUGAGGACUAUCAUUUUUUCCAGCCAGUUAAAACAUACGUUCUGAAUCCUAAAUCAAUAACUAUGGGUGAGCUAUAUGGUGAAGUUAACAAUUUAACCCUGGAAUGGAAAGAUGGCUUAAUGGCACUUAGUGUGCGAGCUGCUGUGGUCGAUACCUCUGAAGAUCAUAAAUGGAUCAUCAGUGAUGGACCUGUGGAUGCCUUAUGGAUCGAAAAUCUGAACACGGUUCUAGAUGACAACAAGAUGCUUUGUUUGGCUAACAGUGAAAGAAUCAAACUCACGCCUUCCAUCCAUAUGAUGUUUGAGGUAGAAGACUUAAGAGUUGCUUCACCUGCCACAGUAAGCCGAUGUGGAAUGGUAUACAUUGACCCAGAGGAAUUGAAAUGGAUGCCUUAUGUGAAAACAUGGCUGGCAGGCCUUGAAGACAAACUCAAUGAAGAAACAAGAACAUAUUUGUUUGAACUCUUUUCUCGUUAUGUUGAAGAUGGCCUAAAAUAUAUUCACAAAAAGUGUUCCCAAGCCAUAACACAAGUGAGCAUCAGUAAAGUUGUUACUCUUUGCUGUUUACUGGAAUCAUUACUUCUUGGAAAGGCAGGACCCAACAUGAACUUGGUAUGUCUGUUUGUUUUAUCCUUUGUAUCAUUCCUCUUUCUUUUUCCUACAUGGUGGGAUCUGCUAGGUCUAAAAGAAAUAGAGGAAUUUUUUAAUGUAUUCCAGUCUUAUUCUAUUCUACUGCUUAUAUCCAUUAAUUUAGCAACUGCUCAAAAUUAUGAGAGUGCUGAAAAAAAUGGACUUUUGACCAAUCUUCAUUUGUUAGUUCUGUCCAUUGCAGCAUCCCAUGAUCACGUGAUCACAAUCUGGGCACUUGGAUGCUCAGAUUGCAAGUACAGUGUAGCAGUGGAUCACAGCUGCUGACAAGAAAAGUUGCAAGUUCCUCCUAUAAAUCGCUCCUGCUUCCUUUUUCUCCUGUGAAAGAAGCAGCAGACGAUCUCGUUCUCUGUUGACUCUCCAUCUGCCUGCACU